GGCGUUACCUGUGGCGUUCCCGGGGAGCCGUAAACAAGGUGUGCGAGCGCCGGAGAGCCGUCGGGAUGCAGCAGAGCGGAGCGGCUGGAGGCCGAGGCUGCGCGCUCUGGCCCCUGCUGGCUGUUUUGUUCUGCCCCGGUCCUCACGUGGUCCUUUCCUUGGAGAUCAAAGUGGAUGCUCAAGCCCGGGGUUACGUGGGAGAAAAGAUCAAGCUACGAUGCACCUUCAAGUCGACGGCAUCAGUCAGUGACAAGCUCACCAUAGACUGGACAUAUCGCCCGCCCAGCAGCAGCCGCACAGAAUCAGCAAGUAUUUUUCAUUACCAGUCUUUCCAGUACCCAACCACAGCAGGCACGUUCCGGGACCGAAUUUCCUGGGCUGGAGACGUGUACAAAGGGGACGCGUCUAUAAGCAUCAGCAAUCCGACCCUCAAGGACAACGGAACGUUCAGCUGUGCCGUAAAGAAUCCCCCAGACGUGCACCAUAAUAUUCCGGUGACGGAGCUGACAGUCACAGAACGGGGCUUUGGCACGAUGCUCUCCUCUGUGGCUCUUCUCUCCAUCCUCGUCUUCAUCCCCUCGGCGGUGGUGGUCGUCCUGCUGCUCGUGCGGAUGGGACGGAAGUCUGCGGGGCUGAAGAAGAGGAGCAAGUCCGGCUACAAGAAGUCUUCAAUCGAGGUUUCAGAUGACACUGACCAGGAGGAGGAGCAUGACUGCAUGGCCCGGCUCUGUGUUCGCUGCGUCGAGUGCCUGGACUCAGAUUACGAAGAGACCUACUGAUCAACACUUCCUGCCUGAGGAAGAGACCCCCAUUCCCGGGACUUGCACCCUGCCUGACGUCUCCAAGAGGCAGAGUGGGCCUGGCCCCAGCAGCAACAGACCGCAGAGGUCACCAGCAAAGACUCACCCGUGUAUUUAUUGAAGAAGUUUUCUUCUCAUAUUUAUAAACACUUCGAAAGUGCUCAGAAGAGACACACCCCAACCCUUCUGGGUAACUCAUCUUUGAUCUGAAGGGAGGAAUCCUCUUCCCGACCCGAAGGAUGCCGCUUGUGCCACGAUUUCUCUCCAUGAUGCCAGCGAGGACCCUGCACAGGCCGCACUGCUGGUGCCAAUGUUCUGUGCCUCUUUGUUACUAAGCGGAGCAUAUUGUUUCCUGAUGUGCUGCUGGACACGUUUGCUUGGGGAAAAGUAUUCUUUGUCAGGUGCCCCUUGCACACUGGAGGCUGCGAACGAGCAAGUGUGCCUCACGCCAUGUACUCAUGGGUCUGUGGGGAGUACCUGGCAUGCUUCCUUAGGCUCUGCAGGAUUGGGCAGGCCAGUGCCUUGACUGAGUUUUAAAAGUGUUAUGUAUCAUUAAUGGACUAUGAAGGAAAGGGAGGGGGGAUUCUUUCUGUCUCACAGUUUAUUUUACUGUCUUCCAUUUGCCUGGUGUGUGGUUCCUUCUUGACUUUUCAAAUUACAGGCAAGAAAAACUCUCUGGAAGUUCUCAAGGGGCAACUAGUAUAUUUAAGCAAAUGUUUGCAACGAGAUCAUUUUUCUAGCUCAUCCUUCAAAACUUUUUUUUUUUAAUUUCUAGUUUGGGGCUGGGGCCGGAGCGAAAGCACAGCUGUAGGGUGUUUGCCUUGCAUGCAGCCAGCCCGGACGAGCCGGGUUCGAUUCCUCCACCCCUCUGGGAGAGCCCGGCAAGCUACUGAGAGUAUCUCGCCUGCAUGGCAAAGCCUGGCAAGCUACCCAUGACGUAUUCAGUAUACCAAGCACAGCAGCAACAAGUCUUACGAUGGAGACGUUACUGGUGCCCCUCGAGCAAAUUGAUGAACAACAGGACAGUGCUACAGUUUGAUGUAAACAAAGGUGUUUACAAGCGGUCCUUGCACAAUGUUGGGAAGAGGGAAGUGAAGCUGUACAUCAUUUCACUUCUCCCUUCUGUUCUCACGGGAACUUCUAUCAGCUUUCUGCCUUCUUCCAGAGCCAUAUAUUCCAGAUUUUAAGGGGCUGGAAAUUAUCUACGAACCCCGAGAGUAGGUAUGACAUGUGAGGACAGAUGGACGGCAGAGUCCCCAGAAUAGGGUGGUGGGGGUUGCUCUCCAGGCUUGAGUCAUGAAUGCCUUCUCCUCGUGCCUUAGUGUUCUCAGCAAGACUGGCCUGGCCAUGGUAGUUCUUGGGGUUCCCUGGAAACAUUAGGGGUUGGACAGAUAGUACAGCAGGCAGUGUGCUUGACUGCACACGUGGUUGACCUGGGUUCUAUCCCAGGCAUCCCUUAUGGUCCCCCAAGCGUCCUCUGAAAUGAUUGCUGAGCACCACCGGGUAUGGUUCUCCCCCCAAAAAACAAACCCCCAAUAAUAUAAUAGCAAUAUACACUAUAUACAUUAACCAAAAAUCAUGGGUUUGUUCAUUUUUUGCCUUGGUCUAGUUAGAAGCUUGAUGGAAUCCAUCUCUUAAGAUUUUGCAUGACCUCCCUGGUUAACUUGGCCCAGAGAUUAGAGUCGGUUACUUGGCCGAGAUGACUAUCUCCUGACUUCUUGUCUGCUAACAAUAAAAGAGAAUGAGCUUGUCACCAUUGGCAGUUUGCAGUCCUAGUGGUUAAACCUCAUCCACUUAGCCUGCUUGUCAAGUAUGUGGUUGCCUGUGGACCAAUCGAGUGAGACCACUUCCAGCAGUUCCGCUGAGAGCUGGAGCACCAAGCUCAUGGCCAUCAGCAGCUGGAGACCUAAAUGCUGAGCCCUUGCAUGUGUUUCCCUGAGAAAGAUUCUGGGAACCCAGUGAAAGCCACAUCCCACGAAAUGGGGAACCAGUUUUGACUGUUGCUUCCUCAGCCUCUCCCUUUGGGAGAGCACGCUUGGGUGCUACAUCGGGAGGCGUAUUUAUUGCUGAUGCCUGAAUGCUCUGGACCAUGAUUUGCAUCCUGGGUUUGUAGCCUGAAUCAUGAUUUGAUGCAGUCCCUUUCUUUUCACAUACCAGAACAACUGAGUCCUUUCUGGGAGAACAGUGCCCUGCCAGUCUAGGGGCCUCUGGUCACCCCAGUUGUUGGCCCCGCUGUCCACUCCCUCCUGUAAGCUCUAGUAGGGGAAUCAAAUGUAGCUUUUUAAAAUCUGUCUUCAGAGAACCAUAGAGCAGUGUUGGACACUACUUUAAGAGGGAGAUGCCUUUUUUUUUUUUUUAAACCUACUGUCUUAACAUCUUCUAAGGUGCUAUUCUCACUUUCUUGUUGCUGCUCCCCAAAUUCUGGUCACACUAGGUGGGCCUGUCGGACAAGAGGCUUUUCUUCUGAGACUAUCAGGAGAGAUAAA